AUGUCUCACCAGAAACUCGUCGGACAACAAGCCCCUGCCAUAACCCUCCCCAACUACGAUGGCGAAAGCUUUACGCUGACUCCGGGAGCAAAGGGAAUACCCACCGUACUGUUUUUCUAUCCCAAGGCUGGUUCUUAUGGCUGCACCAAAGAGGCCUGUCAAUUCCGGAACGCCAUCGCAGAGAAACCUACCUUCCAUACGGACAAAGUCGAGAUCGUUGGUAUCAGCCACGACACUGUUGAGAAACAGAAGGCGUUCGUGGAGAAGAACAAGCUCACAUAUCCUGUGCUCAGCGACACAAAUGGCGAGGCCACCAAGGCGUACAACGUUGGCAAGGGUCUAUUUGGGUUGGCUGAGGUUGCUCGCGUAACCUUCAUCGUCGACGGUAAAGGCGUAGUUAGGGAUUCCGUCGAGGGCACACUCAACUAUGGCGCACACUCUAAGUUCGUCGCUAAGUGGCUGGAGAAACUGGAAGCAGAGAAAGAAAAGCCUGCUGAAGCUGCGACAGAACCGACGGAAACGACAGAGCCUGCCCCCGAACCUGCCGCCGAGCCUACGGUUACCGCUUGA